AUGGCGACCUCGAGCACAUCUACAUAUUUUGAAGAUCUGCCCAUCGAGCUUCGUUGUCCUAUUAUGAAGUCGGCUUGUUUCGAGCAACGAAAUAUCGAUGUAUCAUUGCGUACACUCGAAAUUGUCGCGACCUUGGGAGGACCUGAGUCGGUGACUGCUUACGCUGCAGGUUCACUGAUUACCUACACUAAACCUCCACCGGUCCUACAUGUUAACAAAGAGUUUAGGGCCGAAGCCCUCAAAUAUUAUAGCCUUGUAGACUUUUCAUGUCCAAGAUAUAGCGGUGCACUAAAGGGAUCUCAGUUCUAUAUCAAUUGGAAGACAGAUAGAUUGUGUUUCAGCUCAAUGAUUGAUUUGAUGGCUCGUGAACGAGGCUGGUAUGGCCCAGGAUUAUCUCUGGCUGCCAACAAAGUACGCAAAAUAUGUCUGAAAAAUGGCCUGAAAAAUUUGGGCUGGAAUAUAGCAGACAUUGAAAGUUUAAGGAUAGUAGAAAACUAUAGAUUAAGCGCACAUCAAUCGACGGAAGUGAUGCGUACACUUCCCUGGAGUCAUCUGAUUGACGAAUUUGUUAUCUUCUACAAUAAAGGGACGGAUAAUUCCAAUUCUAGAGGAGAAAUUGUUAAAUUUGGUUCGGCACCUUUAAUUUUAAGUGGAAACAAAACAUGGCUUGAUGGUAUACAUUUCAAUACAGCGAGGAACAACUUCCAGACGGGAAACGUUACGCAAGGUGCCGGUGCAUUCUUCAUUGAUCAUCUCGAUGAUCUUGAUUGGCGAUGGUGGUAUGAUCAUGAGCUUUUGGGUCAAGAAACGACAAUGCGUGCUUUCGAGCAGGGGCGAGAGGCAAGAAAAGCUGUGAAUCGAGUGCGUCUUCUUUAUAACGUUGAGAGAGUGGAGCCGCGACAAUUUGAGCCGUCGGUUAUAGUCCAGAUUCCUAGAUUACCUCCCUGCCUGAUGGGGUCAGAGCCCCCAUCCUGA